AUGCGGCACUUUGGGUCCAAGCAUACACCGCACAGUGAGGUACCCUCUUUACCAUCAUCUUUUAGGGUCUCCUCCAACAACUGGACUCCCCCGCAGCCGGGUUUCAUUAAAUGUAAUGUGGAUGCAACUUUGUUUGGUUCUGGUGCUGGUUAUGGUGUUGUUGUACGCAAUUCCGAGGGAAAGUUCGUGGCAGCAUGCAUUGGAAGACUGCAUUGCGCUGAUGAUCCGUAUAUGGCGAAAACUAUGGCGGUUAAGGAGGCGCUCACUUGGAUGAAGACACAUAGUUUCAAUAACAUUAUUCUUGAAUCAGACUUAAAGCAAUGUCAUAAGAUUGCUAGUGACAUCGGGAACGUUUCAGUUCGCCAUGUCAACAGGUUGCCUCAUUAA